GUCCUCCCAGUCUCUGGCACAUGCAGACCAAGGGAGGGGGGGAUGAAAGAGGUGUACACAUGUGAGGAUCUCCUCAACUGCCAGAGCAAGGCAGAGCUGGCUACGAAAGAAGAAGAAGAGGAGAAGGAGAAGGUCUAGAGGAAUACUGCAGUGGCCAUCCGGCUUUCUCACUCUCCAUCUCUCUCUGCUUCACUGCUUUUGUCCCCCCCACACGGCCCUGUCUUCUUCAUCCAGUCUUCCCCACUGCCAGCUACACCAUGAAGCCGCCUGCUGCUUGUUGCUAAGGGGGCAGCCAACCAGGGGAGCAGAGUGAACCAGGCGUUAUUUUUUGUUUUUUCAAGGCCUCACUGAAAAUGGCGGAGGGGUCCAAAGAUCAGGGAGGGACUGGCGCCAUAGAACCAGAGGAGGACUCCCCCAAUAUGAUUGUCUACAGAAAAGUUCAGAGAUCAACUCAGAGCCCUUUUCUCCUUGGCAGUGGUAAUGCAAAGGUUGACGCACAACGUCUGGUAGGAAUCCUCAAGAAUUAUGAUGUUUGCUGAUGACAUUGUAAUAUGUAAUGAGGGCAAAGAAAAGAGCUGGGUGAAGUUAAUAUAUGGCCUAGAGAGAAAGGGAAUAAAAAUCAGAAAAGAAAGAUAGGAGCCAUAAAACUACGGGAAGUAAAUGUGUAGAAGGUGGAUAAGUGUAAAUACCUAGGGUUAAUCAUCCAAAGAAAUUACCUGUGCGCAAAAGAGGUGAAGAAGAGAGAUGAAGCAGGGUGUGUACUGUCGGGCUUUUGGGUUGUGUUUUGUGUAUAUUGUGCUUGCAACAUUGUGUUCAGUUUCCCAGAUGGUGCUGGAGUUCUCAGGUGCGCUGGGGGACAGCUGCGUCUUGUUCUGCUGAUUGCACGAGGAGUAUUUAAGCAGGAGGCUGUCAGCACUUUGACACGAGAGUGUUUGCCUACAGUGGCUGAAACCCUGAUUCUUGGAUUUACCUAGCUGAAAACAGACUUCAGUCUCAGAAGUUCUGUGGGUUAAGACUUCCUAUGUUUUUGAGGACUUCGUUUUGUGAACUACUGACUCUUCAACUGGAUUUCGCUCUGGCUGGCAGCCUUCCCGAUUCCUCUGUUUAUUGGAUCAAGACAUUAAGCGUAGCCUGUUCACCCUCCAACAUAAGCAUCUGCAUCUUGGAUAACUACAUGGUUUUUCCAGUCUCCCUCAAACAACACCAGAGGAAACAUCAGAACGAACUCUGCUCUGUAAACCGAGAACCCGAAUCCAUCAACACCUGGCGACCUGACUGCAUCUACUUAAGCAACAAUGCCAAGGAAAUCAACAGUUAGAGCAGAUUACCGCCAUGUCACAGCAAACCCUAAACUUUCAGUCAACCGUACAGGUAGAUGGCGCUGCCGCACUGCCGGUAUCUCAACAACUUCCUCAUUCUCGUGAUGUCACCUCCCCUAACCCAGAAAAGUUUUCUGAUGAGAUGGAAGAUAUUGUUACACGAAUACAAGAUGAAAAAGCAGGAGGGGUUGCUAUCCGGACUGUUAAAAGCUUCCUCUCCAAGAUCCCAAGUGUGGUAUCAGGAGCGGACAUUGUUCAGUGGCUGAUGAAAAACCUCUCCAUUGAGGAUCCAGCUGAAGCCAUCCACCUCGGUAGUCUGAUCGCAGCCCAUGGCUACAUCUUUCCCAUCUCUGACCACGUCCUAACCCUAAAGGAUGACGGAACCCUUUACCGCUUUCAGUCUCCAUACUUCUGGCCUUCGAACUGCUGGGAACCUGAGAACACAGACUAUGCCAUUUACCUGUGCAAGCGCACCAUGCAGAAUAAAGCCAGGCUCGAGCUUGCUGACUACGAAGCAGAGAAUCUCGCUCGGCUGCAGAGGGCUUUCGCCAGAAAGUGGGAAUUCAUCUUCAUGCAAGCAGAGGCUCAAGUCAAGAUCGACAGAAAGAAGGACAAGGCAGAGAGGAAGAUCCUUGACAGCCAGGAGAGGGCGUUCUGGGAUGUUCAUCGACCAGUGCCAGGCUGCGUCAACACCACAGAGAUGGACAUCCGCAAGUGUCGAAGAGAGAAGAACCCUCACAGGGUGAAAAAGUCAGUCUACGGGGUACCAGAUAACGGCCAGAGCCAACCGAGUCCAGUCCAUAUCAGCUCCCAGCCAAGCAGGAAACCCACCAAAGAGGACGUUCAGAAGGAGAUAACCUUUUUGAACAUCCAGCUGGACAGACACUGUAUGAAGGUUUCCAAAGUUGCCGACAGCCUGAUGACCUACACGGAGCAGUUCAUGGAAUACGACCCCUUUGUGUCCGGCGUGGAGCCCUCGAACCCCUGGAUUAGUGACGACACCACCUUCUGGGACAUGGAGGCAAGCCGUGAUCCCAGUCAACAGCGGGUGAAGAAGUGGGGCUUCUCCCUGGAGGAGGCUCUAAAGGACCCGGCGGGACGGGACCAGUUCCUGAAGUUCCUGGAGUCAGAGUUCAGCUCUGAGAACCUGCGAUUCUGGUUAGCGGUGCAGGAUAUGAAGCGAAGGCCACUCCAGGAGGUGUCCACCAGGGCUCAGGAGAUCUGGCAGGAGUUCUUGGCCGAGGGAGCUCCGAGCUCCAUCAACCUGGACUCUCACAGCUACGAGCUGACCAGCCAGAACCUCAAAGACCCUGGGCGAUACAGCUUUGAAGACGCUCAGGAGCACAUAUUCAAGCUCAUGAAAAGUGACAGCUAUGCACGCUUUUUGCGAUCCAACAUCUACCAAGACCUCCUGUUGGCCAGAAAGAAGCAGCCAGCAGACACAGAACAGGGCCGCCGCACCUCCUUGGAGAAGUUCACCCGCAGCGUGGGGAAGUCAUUGACAGGAAAGCGCCUGACAGGCCUAAUGCAGUCAUCCUGACACAGCCUGUCCUGGAGAGCCAUGACCAGACCCUGUCGGGGGGGUGAGAGCCACACAGGGGCCGGGACGGGGGCCCAAACAGUGGAGCCGGGGUGCACAAGGCUGCUGUGGAGGCUCUUGGACAGUGCUUCGAGGUCUGCUGCUGUUCUACUGGUGCAGUGCUGCACCUACUGGGCUGAACCACCCAAACAGAACCACUGAGGAAAAGACAAUGCCUACAAGAGGAUCCUCAGCUAACAAAUCACAUGGCAUGCAGUGUAUAAGAAUAAGCACAUCCAAACUAAUACUGCCCUAUCUUCAUCACUUAGAGGGCAAAUGGUUUGACUUGGCUUAUCAAUUGUAUUAUUUUCAUAUUCUUAAAUUUAUAUUUGCCACAACACUUUGGGGCCAUAACAAUGAAAAGGAGGCGUGCAGCUGUUCUUACGAGGCGGUCAGCAAUAAAAACAAACCUCUUUUUGAUAUUCUUUUAACUUCUAUUAUAUGUCUAUAAUGAAGUGAAUGAUGCGCCGGCUAAAUAGUAAGAAAAGUUUGGUGAUUAUUAAAAAUACAGACCCCUCCCCUUCAUAUUUUAAAACUAAUUUUUCAGUCUUCAUUACAUUCCAAACUCCGACAUAAGGGCUUAAUGUAGCAACCAUAAGGCACUGUUGCAUGUUUCAUCGUAAUGUCCCCGAGAGUUCACAUUUUAACAGCAUUACUUUUUAACCAGACUUAUGCCGAAGGUGGGUUUGGCUCACUGCUUUCCCAACUUCCUGGUUUCAAACCCAACGUUCCCAGUUAAAUUAACUCCCCACCCCCAAAAAAAAAAAAAAAAAAAAAAAAAAAAUCAAUUCCAAAAGUCUGUGUGAAUACCUUAGAGGCCUAAAAGCGUGACUCACUAGGGCGCUUAAGUGAAACAAUAUGAUCCGGGCUACUAGUGUAGGCAAAGUUAUAGUGUGUGCAGUCACAAAAUAAUGAGCAAAAUCAGAUCUUUAUGCUGCUGGGGUUUGUACUGUAGAGAGGUGUUAAACAUUUCCAGUGCCAUGGGUCCAUCAACAGAGUUACAGGACUCCACUGUGCCAUGUACACAUCUUGUUAAGGAUGAUACAGGUGCAUUUAAAUAAAUAAAGUUUAUUUAUUUCAGUAAUCAAGUUUAAAAAGGGAAACGUAAUGUUAAUGCAUAUAACUAAUGUCACCUGAAGGGGAGGUAGAGAUAGAACACAUAUAGUGGGGGAUAUCAUGCCCUGGAGACACCUCUAAUCAUGUCUUUAGGUAAAUAAGGACCACAAACGUUGGGCUCUGCCCCAUCCAUUGUCACUGUUGUUCUCUGGUUCUUACCAGGGGUGGGCAAUACAUGGGAAUUUAAGUGAUUGAUCUGAUACCACGUAAAUACAGAGCUAGUAUCGCCGAUACCAAUACUUUUUACUUGAAAUGUCAUGAUCCUUGAAUAAUUUUGUGAUUUUGCCUUUAGUUAGUUAUGAUAAAACACAGAACAAAGAUUUUAGGCAAAUAAAAUUUUUUUUUUUUUUUUUUUUAACUAACCACAACAAUAUAAAGCAAUGUCAUAGUAUAAAAAUAAUAAAAAUAAUUCUCUUAUUACCAUCUUCUACACACAAUUAAGUCACUAGUGCAAACAUCCCAUGUGGCAUUGUCCUAAUCAGCUUCAGUGAAUAACGUCCACACAGAGGGGCAAAGGGUGCAUGACCGAUUGGCAGAGACAGAUUUGGAGAGAAACUGCAUUCGCAUGAACUCUGUGAGGAAAUUUGAAUAAUUUGCUCGACGUAUUGAAGAGAAGCUGCAACUAAAGUAUCGAUCUCAUCACGUUAGUAUCGAUCCGACACGUUGGUAUUGGUACUAACGAUAUUUAGAUCGAUAUUCCCACUUCUGUUCCCGAGUCUUACAUUCUUCAGCUCACCAAGAACAUCUCUGAAACAGACUAAGUACAGUCGUUGUUGUUAAUUAGCCUGUUUUUCUUCUUUUGACCGCUCUUGUUGGUGUCAGUCGCUGCUGCCUGUUGGCUAGCGUGUCUUACCACAGGGGGUUAACUGUGGGUUUUCCUGUGUCUAGAGAUUCCUGUUUCGGGAUAAGCACCAAGCUAAAGCAGUCAAUCCGAGGGUGUGAUUUCCCAUUCUAUGUGUGUGGUACCAAGUAAAUGGACUGAAAGUAUAUUUAUAGAUUCAUUACACACAGUGGGAUACAUUUCAAGUAUUUAUUUCUGUUAGGUUGGAGAAUUCAAUUACAUUUUCUCUCAAAAUAAAAUAUUGCCAAGAACAGUUAAAACAACUGACUAUUACAGAACUUUGGAUUUGAUAAAACAAAGUGGACUGACACUACAGCAUGAAAUGCUCCCCAAAUAAUCACUGACUGUGGAAAUGUCACUAUUGACUUUAGGCAACUGUGGAUUGUAUGCCUCUCCACUCUAAAUUUACUUACAGUUGAAAAAAGGACUUUGGCUCACUGAGUCCAGAUUUUUCUCCUCACCCAGAUAAGAUGCUUCUGAAAUUGUCUCUUAUUCGGGAGUGGCCUAACACGAGGAAUGUGACAGAUGUAGCUGAUGUCCUGGAAACAUCUGCAUGUGAUGACCCUCGAAGCAGUCCAGCUGUCGUCCACAUCUUGUGAAUCUCCUCCAAAUCCUUGAAUGGGCUUUGCUUUACAAUACUGUCAAGGUUGUGGUUAUCACUAUUGCUAGUGCACUUUUUUCUACCAAAGAUUUUCCUUCCUCUUAGUUUUCCAUUAAUAUUCUUGGAUACAGUGAAUAUCCAGCUUCUUUAACAGUGACCUUUCCCCUUGUUGAGUGUGUCAGUAACUGUCUGUUGGGCAACAGUCAAGUCAAUCACGAUUGUUUGGGCCAGAACAUAACAUUACACCACAAAAACCCAUAUUGGUUUCAUGCGAUAUUUUAAUCUUAACAGAAAUAAAUGCUUGAAAUAUAUAGAUCUGUUCGUAAUGAAUCUAUAUAUUACAGAUUUUGCUUUGUGAUUUAAAUUACUGAAAUGGAAUCUUUUUUAUUAGAAUCUGAUUUACUGAGAUGCAUCUGUAUUGAAGUAGCUGGUCUCUGAAGACAGAGAUAUUUUGUUGCCCAGUGAGAGAAAUUUUCGGUUUUGUUGCACAAAUAUUUGAUGUUUUAUUCUCUAAAACCAAUACCCGUUUUUAUUUCCCUCUGUCUGAUAACUGUCGAGUGUUUGUCAUGGGGAAAAAGGUGCAUGUUGGACCACAAUGAAGUACAGGGGAUAUCUGGACUCUUUACUGAGCUGGACUUUUUCACGAAUGGACAUCUAAAAUUUGACAUUCUACACACAAGAAGUGCUGGGACACAGCUCCCCCCUGAGGCCACUGACUGCAGCAGUGAAAAACUGGAAUGCACUGCUGAAAAAGUAUCAUCUGUUAUUUUUAAGUAGACUCAUUGCAAUGCAUUGUACAGGUCAUGAAACUAAUUAUUCUUAUUAACCAAACCCAGUAACCUCCUAAAUGUAAGGUAGAGAGAUGCUUACGUCGAGUCUAUUUACCAAAUGUUACCCUCAGCACAAACAUGGUGACACUGUGUACCAAGUGCAUUGUAAAUUUAAACUGGUUACAUUUCAUUAUCCAAAAGCACACUUUAGUAUGAUGCGAGCACAUUACUAUGCAUGAUACAUAUUCAGGGCAUUUUUGUGCUUUUAGUUUCUCGAUCAGCAAGAUAACUACUCUAAAACACUCAAAGCACUUGUUAUCUGUUCAUGGGUACCAAAUAAUAAAAUCUCUGGACCUGUCUA